UUCUAGGAAAACCCUCUACUAAUUUUUUUAAAAUAAUUAUAUUAUAAUAUUAAAGUCAGAAUCUUGUAUGUACUACAAUUAUUUAUAAUGUUGAUUGGUGAGACUAUUUUUGUGAUAACAAUCCACAAAAAAAUUUUUUUUACGAGUGUUAUGUCACUAUUAAAUUCCAAAAGCUAGGUCCCCUACGAGGCUGUUUGAGAAGGCCAUCCACAACAUUGCUGCCGAAUGAUUGAAGGGUUACAAGUUUUCUACCACCAAUUCUGCUGAUUUUGUGGAGUUGUUAUGGCGGAUUGAGGUUGGUGAGGACCCGCACUUCACGGUCAUGGAUUUUGUGUUUCUUUUCCCUUCGAUAAGGCUGCAGCCAUGCUUCUGCGCUCUUAGGGACCUGCUACUGCGGGAGAAUGAUGCACUUUGGCACCGUGAGCAAAUAUUGGAGCUGGCGCAUCUUAUGUGCUACACUUCGGUCUUCCAGUUCAACGAGGCCACUUAUUUACAAAGACGAGGUGUCCCCAUGGGCAGCUUGCUUUCGGGGGACCUUUGCGAGCUGGUGGUGAGACAGUUGGAGGAGAAAGUGUUGCCCAAAUUCUUACCAAACAUCAGUCUAUACCAAAGAUACGUGGACGACAUCUUUAUACUGUGGAAAACCACUCCCAAUCUGGACGAUUUUUUGUCGUGUAUGAACGACAAUGCAUACGGCCUCAUUCUCUGCUUAGAUCAGGUUAGCAACUCGAGUGCUCAUUUUCUUGAUGUUAACAUUCGUCUCAGGGGGGGCAAGAUAGAAACGAGCGUCUACCAUAAACCUGACCAACUCCUGCUGUUCAUCCCCGCGAACUCCUCUGACCCCUUUGUCUACAAAAUGGCAGCUUUCCGGGCCCUUACCAGAUGGGCCUUCACGCACCACACACAUGUGCACGACGCAUGGUCGGAGAUCCGACGCAUAGAAAAAAUUGCCGUGGAACAUGGUUAUAGUAAAGCCUUGGUUUGCAGUUUAGCGUGUGCAUGCGCUCGCCGCUCCCCUCGCCGCAGGGACUGCCCCCUACCAUCGCCGGACGACAAUCGUCAAUCGGAUGGGAACGCGAGACGUGCAGUCGUUUGCUUCAACCGGCAUCUACACCCCCUAUAUAGGGAGAUCGCUAGCAACAGCCGCACCAAAAUCACGUACUUAAGAACCAGCACGCUUUACGACUUGCUGCGCAACGCGAAGGACGCAAUGGAUCUCACCAGGGCCCCAGGUGUUUACUCCAUUCCCAUACAGGACGACAGAUUCAAUAGAGACUUAGUUUACAUUGGCUCCACGAUCUGAUCAACGCAGAAACGAAUAUGUGAACACCAAGCUGAUAUUAAGCAUAAAAGACACACCACUGCCUUAUCGACCUAUGUCACCGAUCCUGAAAUAAGGGCGGACUUCUGGAACACCAAACUUAUCAGACACGCGUUUUGCGCGGAUCACAUCCAUCGCCUGGAGGCCUGGGAGAUUCUCAAAGCUAUCAUGGGGGGCAACUGCAUCAACUACAGGGAUGGGGAAACACUUGCACAGGCGUGGAAGUAUUUAUUCGAGGAGUUUGAGCAAUGGCGGUCGGAGGGGUGAAACCUGACGCGCACGUUUAUUUAUUUACAUCGUUGGCAACAUUGUUACGACAGUCGGGUCAAAACACGGCCAGUCACCACCUGAAGCAUACCUCGGUGGAGGUCGAAAGUACUUGUGGAAUUUAAUAGUGACAUAACACU